UCGGACUGCCCCUCAUCCACAGCUUCAUCUUCCCCACAAAGAGAGCUCCACACCCAAGAAUGGCAAUGUUAACUGUUCCUCACAUGGCCUUUGCCUUUGGCAUUCUAGGCAACAUCGUCUCCUUCUUGGUGUAUCUGGCCCCACUGCCAACUUUUUACAGGAUCUACAAGCGGAAAUCUACUGAAGGGUUUCAGUCCAUACCUUACUCAGUUGCACUAUUUAGUGCUAUGCUGUUGCUGUACUAUGCUUUCCUUAAGACUGACAAUCAAAUAAUGCUCAUCACCAUCAACUCUGUGGGGACGUGCAUAGAAGCUACAUACCUCCUUGUGUAUAUGAUAUACGCACCAAGGCCAGCCAAGAUCUAUACAGCAAAACUGCUUCUCCUGUUCAACACCGGGGUCUAUGGGGCGAUCGUACUUUCCACCUUCUUCUUGUCAAAGGGGCACCGGAGAGCUAAGAUAGUCGGUUGGGUCUGCGCCGCCUGCUCUCUCUGCGUUUUUGCAGCUCCUCUUAGUAUCAUGAGGCUGGUCAUAAGAACCAAGAGCGUGGAGUACAUGCCUUUCCCACUUUCAUUUUUCCUCACAAUUUGUGCUGUUAUGUGGUUCUUCUAUGGCCUUCUGAUAAGAGAUUUCUACAUAGCAUUUCCAAACAUCUUAGGGUUUUCCUUCGGAAUCGCCCAGAUGAUACUGUAUACCAUCUACAAGAAUGCCAAGAAAGGCGUGCUCGCAGAAUUUAAGCUGCAAGAACUACCAAACGACCUCGUUUUUCCCACACUGGAGAAAGCGGAGAAUACUGAUACAAACCCAAAUGAUCAGCCAGAAGACACUGCUAUGACCGAAGGUGGCGCUAGGGACAAGGCGGUUGAGCCAAGUGGUGAACUGAAGGUGUGAGGGUGUGUAUACGGGCAUAUGAUAUAAGGGUGUGAGAUAACAUAGAAUGAAAGAUAGCUGCAAGGAUGAGGAAAGCGACAUAGUUCUACUCAGUUCUAGAGAAGAGGAUGAUCAGUUUCAUACAAAGAAAGGGCUUAUAUAUAUAUAUAUAUCAUAACAGUAGUAGUUUAGUUGUUAGGUUUUGUUUGAGGGCAUUGAGGCUUUCUUUCCAUCAUGUUUCCUUUUCCAGAAUAAUCGCUUACACUAACCAGCGAAAUACAGUAAAUACCAUGAGGGUGUACUUGUUAUAUAUAGCUAUGUAUGAAAAUAAAUCCAUCUUGGUCUU